CGAGGCCACCAUAUUCCAUCGGUGGUAAGCAGGGCCGGGGACGAGUUUCUCCACCCUAAAACACCUGCGUUUCAACCCUAACCAGGUUUUUUUAGUACUACAGGUGUAGUACAAUAGGCCUUGGUGGGGUAGAGUACAAGCGGGAACUUUCAGAGUGAGGUAUCUGAGUUGGAUUGCUGUGUUAAGUGUCUGCAAAGUUCAUACACCUCUAUCAGCGUGAGUGGACCGAAUCAACCCACCCAGAUGGCCUCUAUGCGCCUGAGGGCGCUGGUGGCCUUGCUGCUGUGUCUAGUGUGGACAGGCGGGACGUUCGGAGCGGGCCAUGGCGGGAACACUACCAACAACUCAGAAUGUCGAGACACAAAUGUGGAUAUUGUAUUCUCAUUGGACGGUUCUGGAAGUGUCACGGAAACCAACUUCCAACGAGUCAAGGACUUCGCCAAAGAUCUCAUACAAGAGUUCAACAUCAACAGCCAGAACGGGACCCGGGUAGGAGCUGUCCAGUACAGCUCCACGAUCCGCACAGAGUUCAAACUGAACCGGUACAACACCUCAGCAGAGGUCAUGAGCGCCAUCGACGGAAUCAGGUACUUGAGAGGAGGCACGUACACGGGCGCCGCCUUGCGGUAUCUAUCAGACAACAUCCUCACUGCGGCGGCAGGGGACCGUCCGGACAGGGCGAACAUCGUGGUGCUGGUGACGGACGGGCGGUCCUACGACUCCGUGGUGACACCGGCAGAGGACCUGAGGAGUAAGCGGGUGCAGCUGUACGCUGUCGGGGUGGGGAAGGCUGAGUACGCCAGUCUGUUGGCCAUCGCUGGGGAUCCCGAGUACGUGUACCGGGUCGGCAGCUUCGCUAAUAUAACCAGCCUGACAUCGGCGGUGCAGGAAGAUCUAUGCGGGAACAAGUCGUGCCUGGAACAACCAUGCUACAACGGCGGGACGUGUGAGAGUCAGGGGCAGGCCUUCUACUGCAGGUGUCCCCCUGGGUUCACUGGAGAAUACUGCGAAAUCUGUAAUUCUCUCAGUGCGGACAUGGCGCAGUGUUCUCUUUACGGAGACCCACACUACAGAACCUUCGACGGCAAAAGUUCUGACUUCCUGGGCACAUGUACCUACACCUUCGUCAGGCACAAGGUGACAACAGAUAGCCCGCUCUUCAACGUGGAAGUGGAUACGGAAUACGAAACCGGGAAUACUAAGAUGUCAUACGCACGGGCGGUUCACGUAAAUGUGUAUGGACACCGUAUAUCACUGCUCAAUGGAACGUCUGUGACACGUUUUGGUACUGAAAACUUUCAAAAAGGAGAUGUCGGCUGA